CCGAUUCCGCGGGCGGUUCCCCUUCCCAAAUCCCCGCCCGACCGCCGCGCCGCCAUUCAGCCAUGGCGAUGAUCUCCGGAGCCAAGAGGAGGAGAGGACUGGAGGAAGAAGAGGAAGAGGAAGAGGAAGAUGAAGAACACCUCGACCGCAUCAGCCGCCUCCCUGACGGCGUUCUCGGCGACAUCGUCUCCCUCCUACCGACCAACGACGGCGCCCGCACGCAGGUGCUCUCCUCCCGCUGGCGCCACAUCUGGCGCUCCGCUCCUCUCAACAUCGAUCUGGACAUCGAUCCCGAUUACCCCCUCGGCGCCCACAACGUCACCGAAGGUGUAAUCUCGCGCAUUCUCUCCGCGCAUCAAGGCCCCUGCCGCCGCUUCUCCAUCCCGAAGCACUACUUCCACUACAGCUACAGGGGCCACCCCGUCACACGCUUGGACGGCUGGCUCGAGUCCCCCGCCCUCGACGGACUCCAAGAACUCGAGUUCCACUACGGCCGUCCCUGUUUGUCGAAGUUAGCGCUGCCGCUGCCGCCGCCGCCUGCAUCUGUACACCGCUUCUCGUCAACGCUUCACGCUGUCAGCUUCGGGGGCUGCGGUUUUACGAAUGGAAACGAUGCCAGCGGGCUCCACUUUCCGGUUCUCAAGCAGUUGAGCCUUUCGGAUGUCAGAUUCUCGGAGAGUUCUCUACGUGCCUUGCUAGCUGCCUGCCCUGUCCUGCAGAGCUUGCUGCUAACGGGCUCCAUUGGCUUCCCUCGCGUCCAAAUUGCGUCCCCAACCCUCCGAAGCAUCGGCAUACGCUCUAGUUGUGGACCCAUGGAUUUGCAACUGCAAUACCUCAUCAUCGAGGAUGCCCCCUGUCUAAAAAGGUUACUUUGUUUUGAUCCCUUUUGCAAGGGAAUCACCAUGUCGGUGAUCUCGGCAACAGAAUUGCUUGUUUUGGGGCCACACACCCCCAGACUCCAGGUUGGCACCACAGUUUUUCAGGGUUCAGGCUUUGUUAGCUUGAAGAUGGUGAUGCACAGUGUGAAGGUCUUAUCAUUAUCAGAGGAGCGUCUUAGUUUGGAUGUGGUUAUUCAAUACAUGAAAUGUUUUCCCUGCUUGGAGAGGUUGUACAUCCAGACAAGAAUGGCAGGAGAGAAAAAUGCGUGGUGUCACAAGUACAGGAAUCAUAUUGGCACUCUUGAUAUUCGUCUAAAGAAAAUUGUGCUGGCAGGCUAUCGAGGCAACACGUCACAUGUUAACUUUGCCAAGUUCUUUGUUUUGAAUGCAAGAAUGCUAGAGUCCAUGAGGCUUGAGUUAUAUGCUGCACUUGAUGAUCCCAGCAAUGCAUGGAUUGACAAACAACAUAGACUACUUCGGACAAAAAAUAAGGCUUCAAGGGAUAUGCAGCUUGAUUUUGUGUCUAAAUAUGGCCUGCUUCUGACGUAUUCCUUUUUUCGCCCUGAGCAAGUACACGAUUUGUCAACAGCUGACCCCUUUCCAUGAUAGGGCUGAUUCCUUCUUAUGACCAUAAUAACCUCUGUCCUGACUUGGGAGGCACGAGCUGCAUGCUUAUCAGGUUGUACCUGUGGGCAGACAAAAUGGGAAUCCAAGGAACUAGUUGAAUGAAGUCGAAGAAUUAGAAAUCCAGGAUUAGUUUUGAGGAUCUCAAGAUGAAGUUUCUUUUGUGCCAUGACUAUCCAGGAUCAGUUUUGAGGAUCUGAAGAUGAAGUUUCUUUUGUGCCAUGAGUGUACACUCGCGUGGCUGCUAAAAAAAUUGACAGUAAGCAUUGUCAAGGAACUAACAACUACUCCCUCCGUCCUAUUAAAAGUGACGUUUUAGACUCCGUGCCAUCUUGUUUGACCGUUCGUCUUAUUUAAAAUUUUUGUAUAAAUAUUAUAUAUCAUGUUAUGACUUAUUUUAUUAUUAGAAAUACUUUAGUAAUGAUGUAUUUUUUUUAUAACGGUCAAACACGGUAUUAAAAAGUUAAAAAAGUCACUUUUAGAGGGACGGAGGGAGUGUACCUUCCAACUCAUAACCUUUCAGUUUCAAGAUGUGUUGGUGCCAAAAUAUUCUUAUCUCAAUCGAGCUAAUAGAAAAGGUUAUGAUUCUUGUUACGAUCUGUGCAGAAACGAAUAGAUUUAAACCUCGUUGUUUGAAACUGUGAGAUUUGAAUGUUGCUAU